CUUUCAUCAGAGCACCCAGCCACCAUUGUAAAGGAAAAAUGAUGUUCAUCUUCGCCAUGGCGAUUUCGGUAUUUGACGUAGCGGAACAAAACUAAUCGGUACCUCAACAUCGGGUGUAGUCGUGGAUUAAUAAGACUAUUAUUUGCUCCACCUAAUAGUCAAGAUCAUGCAUGAUUUGCAUCGGUAUAGUAGUAUUGAAACUCGAUUUUCGAACCAUGAUGAGUGCCUGCUCCACCAUACUACCGAACUGUUCGGACAGAUAGCCCUCAAUGCAACAAGAGAACACUCGAGCUCGAGAGAAAGGCUAAUCACUGGCUAGAGACCAAGUUGUAAACGAUCAAUAUCUCUAAUCAAUGCUCACUGACACUGACAAACAAAUUUAGGAAGGGGAGCUGCGGGGAGAUAGUGAAGAAGGUAAUCAAGAAUUCAUAGUCAGGUCGGUUUUGCGCAACUUCGCGUUAGUUUUGUGAACGUUUCUGGUUCUUGUGUAAUACAGUUCAGUAGAGGUGGUGUAUGUUGUGAGAGGUGGUGUAUGUUGUGUCUAAUUGUCUAACUCAAGUUUUUCUUUAAGAAUUCACUCACUAACAAGAAGGUUACUCGACGCACAUUAUUAAGCUGGAUACCCGGGGUUGUAUUUUUUUGACUUCUUCUGUAAGAAAGCGAAAGCGCAACUUCAACGCUUAAUACCUGUGUCUUUUUCUUAAUGGAGCAUAUUUCGAAGAUUAUACCUAUAAACUAAUAACUACGUCGACGGACUUCAUCCGACGCAAAUUUCACCGAUCAAGAAUAUUCACCGUCAUUAUUGUGACUACAAGCCACAGCGCGUAUUCUGCUUCUCUCGCUUCUUGCUUGUCAUUGUCUGCAACCGUCAUGCUCUGUGUCUCUCGUUGGGUGCUGAGUGCGUAAAGUGCCACCGAAGCUGCAGGCUCACAUCCUCUAUCAGGUCCUCGUAGCUAAACAAAGCUAGCAAGUAGGAUAAGUCGAACUCGAGCGCCAGUUGUCACCAAACAAUCCUCGCUGCAAGAGCUGUAGCAGGAGUUUCUGAAGCUGAGGUACCAUUUUGCGGUGUUGGCGAACUCCUGUCCACUACAACUGGUGGGCGCUCCAUCUCAUCGACGAGUAGGUUUUGCGGAAAGUCGAUGACGUCAACGACGAAUAAUAACACCACCGCCGUCCGAUUUUAUCGUUUCGUUUUUACCUUCACCGUGGAAAAAUCAAGAUCAACAGAAGUAGAAACACCGUGGAAGAAUCAAGAUCACAACAGAAGUAAGUACAAGUAGAAACAUCUUCUACUUCACAAGAUAAAGACUUUAGAUCAUCAUGGUGGACAAACUAAGUGAAUUGCGGGCAAAAUGUGGCGUGACGCCGCGAAGGUAUGGCAGCACUGACAGUGUCGGGAGAAGGAGCUCCAAUUCGUCUGUGGGGAUGACUGCCCAGCAUGGUAUGAUGCCUGCACUCGUCGCGACUUACAACGUACUUUUAUGUUUACUCGAAAAAGGAGUAAUAAGGGAGUUUAAGUAAGUGCGUGGUCUUGAUGUGUUUACUUAAGUAAGUGCGUGCUUCACAACCUAACCUAACCUUCUAUCUUCAAGUCGAAAACUGAAAAUAACCGAGUUACUGACUGAAAUAAGGGAGGUAGCUUUGACUGAAAUAAGGGGGGUAGCUUUGACUGAACUAAAUCUUGAUGUGUUUACUUAAGUAAGUGCGUGUUUCACAACCUAACCUAACCUUCUAUCUUCAAGUCGAAAACUGAAAAUAACCGAGUUACUGACUGAAAUAAGGGAGAUAGCUUUGACAGGGCUACUACAACUCUUCCUUGAUGUUUUCAGUAAUUAAUACUUGCUUAUUUUCAGUAGUUACUCGCUUAUUUCAGUUUUUCGAAUGAGUAAACGCGUGGUCUUCUAUCUUCAAGAUUAUGAUCUUCUUUUCUCCCCCUGGUCAACAUGCUCUUCUACAAUCUCAUCUGAACCUCCACUUGACCCCGUGGUUGUAAAUCCAAAACCCAAACUACAACAGGAGCUCCUCCCAAUGGUAAAUGGCAUUCGCGAUGUCUCAGACCGGAUACGAGAUUUGACGCGGCAAGGCAUAACAGCAACAAGCGCAGACAAAGAAAGGAAAAUAGCAAAUGCUGUUAGUCGACAGGUGGACAUUGGAAAGCGAAAUACAAUGCGCAUCAAAGAUAGUACAUUUAAUUCUUUCCUUCGUAUGAUACUGUUGAUGAAUAUUUCAUCACUGAAAAUAGGCGCUUAGUUAUUACUAGAUUGAUAGAUAAGUAUUUGCUUGACAUUGACUUUUCUUCUUUCGGUUUUUGUUUUUUCUAGUUCGGUCUGCUCCACCAACAUCAUGUACUAAAUACGGCGUGCUUUCUUUGCCUUGCACCCGAGUCCCAGUCUUUGCUCCUUCGUCCGCUCCACUGACUCUAGAAUAUUCCUAUACCUAUUCCUCGUCCAAAAACAAAAUCUUCUCCAGUUAUAACCGAAUUGAAGAGACUUGAAAACGAGGAGCGAGACGAGAUGACGCCAGCUGAGUCCCAAAUGGUGACAUCCAUGAUACGAUCAACGAGUCUGACCUUCAAAAAUAAUCUGACGGAUUAUAUGAAGGUACUUCAACUUUUCUUGGUUUUCUUCGUUCUCGUUCUUGUUCUGUUAUUCUUAUAAUUGAACAGAUGGACGAUGAGUUUCUAGCUAAGUAGAGAAUCUCAUUUGAUAUCCGUCGCUUGAAUCUGAAUCUACCUCCCAAGACCAGGCGCAAGAAGAUUACAAACUCGCAGUGAAGCAGAAAGUUGAGAGGCAGUUGCGAAUAGCUUAUCCCGACGCGAAGGAGACUGAAAUUCGAGAGCUAGCGGAUGAAGACCCAAUGUCAGUUCGAGAGGCCAUCAUGCAGCAACUCAAAAGCGGAGGCCAGAAUACUUUGCAUGUACUUCUUGAUGGACAUGGACAUGGACAAUUCUUUGUAAUAUUCUAAAAAAAACAAGAAGUUUUUACUAGAAGAAACCACUGAUGAUCAAAAAAUACCGGAUUUCAUGUGUCAUACAUGUUCGAUACACUUGCAUCAGAACUUAUCAACACGAAUCCUCCACAUCAACCCCGCAGGUAACUCUCCGCGACCUCCACGAAAAAUAUUCGGAUAUGAAGAAAUUAGAGGAGAGCGUGAUGGAAUUGCACGACCUCUUUCUUUUUCUGUCCGCAUUGGUGGACGAGCAAGCACAAAUGCUAGAUUCCAUAGAGGCUAAUGUGGAAAACACCAAAGAAUACACUGGAGUCGCUGUGGAACAUAUAGUGCAGGCGAAGAGGUACUAACUCUGAAGAUUUGAAGAUUGAUGAUGAUGAUUCAACAGAUCAACAAAGACGACGUAGCUACAAGAUGUUCUUCAAUGUAGAAAUUGCUGCAAAUUCGAACUUCUGCAUUUGAAUCGGAAGAUUUUUUUCAAUUUUCAUCUCUUACAAACUACCAAAAACCCCUUCACAAAUCACACUCAGGCACAAAGAAGCCCUAGACCAGAAGAGGUGGUGGUUGAUGGCAUUCUCAUGGGGUGGAUGUAUUGUGGUGACGUUGAUCAUCCUCUUCUGUUUGGCGCCAUAUGUGAGCUUUCUAUCAUGGUUCAUACCAUGGGGUCGAUCUAGCAGUAGCGAUUCUGGAGUUAUGAUGGUUGAAAUUCCGAAUCCGGGAGUUUUCAAUCUAUAACUGAAAACUCUAUCGAAGAGUAGAUAGAGUCAUUUCUUUGAGGAAGUAGUUUUCUGCAAAUGAAGUUGUAGACGUAGAAGUACCUACGACAGAGAUCACAAUCAAUCUGGCAACAUCACAAACGAAAUCCCCGCUUCCCUCUCUCUAAUCCUUCCCAAGUCCCGCGUUCGCACAAAACCGUGGCCCCAAGUGGCAUAGCAGGCGCCCCUGGCGCGCCAGUUGGGAGACACCAAGAAUUCUUGGCGCCUGUCCAAAGCAGCCAUGGCACCGCUUUUGGAGCUGGGUGAGCUCCUGCAUGCUGAUGCCAUGGCCUACUAGAACUGUAAUGACAGAAAAAGUCCGUAGAUGUUGAACUGUUCUGGUGUCUUCAUUCUUUUUUUGCGCAAGUGUUGUACUGUUUUGUGUUAAAUGAGUAGGUAAAACGUGAGUAGGUCGUAUUUGUAGUGGGAGUACAAGAGUUGAUAAAAAGUUUUACGGGAAAUGGGAUUAAUAGCAACGAAAUGCAGCGUCCAUCUUGUACUAGUCUGUCAUAUAUUCAAGUAUGACCUCUAUGCAGAGAUGCACCUGCAGUAUUUUUCAAUAAAUGCGUAUUUAGACGUAAAAUGUGAAGAAAUAAAUGCUCACCUUCAACACGUACUUGUUUUUAUCAUGAUCUACGUGUGUUUUUAUACAUGACAGAGACUUCCACAGUCCCUCCCAGAGCUCCAAGGAACACGUACUAGUACUAGAUCGCUCCAAGAACCUACGUAGAUGCUAUUCUUUAUUGUCUUCUUGUUCAACUCGAUGACCUAUCAUCUUUCUACCUCGCGCCCUCGAGCUGAGCAUCAUGCUUCAUAGACUCACAUGGAUGUGGAUGUGAUUCUUGAAACAAACAUAGAUGAAACGACCAUCCUCCUCUACUUUCUUGUCACCAAAGACAACGUCCUGAUUAUGGUCGUUCAACUACGAUAGUACUUCUAUCAAGAAGGGGCCCUUGAGGUUUUGCCAAGAAAGAGGGCCCGACUC